CACUGCGGCCUUGGCCCGUUGGUUGCCCUCCUGCUGGGCGGGGACUAACAUGGCGGAGGUGGAGGAGCUGAUGAAGACGUCGGUGCUGAUGAGGAACCCGCAGCGGGUGCGGGAAACCAUCGCCUCGCUCCGGACCGGCGGUGUAGACAAGUUGCAGGUGAUCUCUGAUUUCGACAUGACCCUGAGCCGGUUUGGAUUCCACGGCCGGCGAUGUCCCACGUCCCACAAUAUCCUGGACUCCAGCAAGGUCGUCAGCGAGGUUUGCCAGCAACAGCUGAAGGAUCUGUUCCACUUCUACUACCCCAUUGAGAUUGACCCCAACCGCACCGUGGACGAGAAGCUACCUCUCAUGGUGGACUGGUGGACCAAGGCCCACGGCCUGCUGUGCCAGCAGAAGAUCCAGCGGGGCCAGCUUGCCCAGAUCGUCCGUGACUCCGAUGUGAUGCUCAGGGAGGGCUUCGAGGCCUUCUUCAACACUCUGCACCUGAGCCACGUGCCUCUGUUCAUCUUCUCCGCCGGGGUGGGCGACAUCGUGGAGGAGAUCACCCGGCAGGCCGGGGUCCUACACCCGAACGUGCAAGUGGUCUCCAACUUCAUGGACUUCAACGAAGACGGUGUUCUGUGGCGGUUCAAGGAUCCACUCAUCCACACGUACAAUAAGAACAGCUCGGUGCUAGAAGGCUCGUCCGCGCAGCUGCAGGCCCGGCCCAACGUCAUCCUGCUAGGCGACUCCAUGGGGGACCUGACCAUGGCAGACAGCGUCCCGGGUCUCAGCAUCCUGCUCAAGAUAGGCUUCCUGAAUGACAAGGUGGAGGAGCAGCGGGAACGCUACCUGGACGCCUACGACAUCGUGCUGGAGAAGGAUGAGACGCUGGAUGUGGUCAUCGGUAUCCUGCAGCACAUACUGCCCGGGGACCGGCCAGCCCCGCGGGGCCCGGCUGGCGAGGCCGCCCCCCUUAGCGAGGGGCCGCUCUAGGUUCCUCUUGACCGGCCGCUCACAGCCCAGUCGCCCCCGCCCCCCGGACCAGAUUGUGAGGGUGCGGGGUGCCUGGUCACCCCUGCAGCCCCGGUGGUGCGAUUAUAGGGGCACGUGAGCUGGGCAAAGCCUGGAGCAGCCUGGCUCCACGGGGACUGGCCCUCGGCUGCCACUCAGACUCACCCCCGGCCCCGGGCAGCCAGGCCCAGCUUGGCGGGACCAACUGGACUUUGCCUCAGCCACAGAGGGCAACUCUCGGGGGUUGCCACGGGAUCCUGGGGCCGGUGUGGCCCAGCAGUCCCCGCUGGGGAGGAUUAAAGAACUCAGCCGGGAGCAGUUGCGGAGAAA